AUGGCUUCCACUCAAAAUCUCUUGAUUUUUGUUGCUUUGGUGACUACUUUAUUGGUCUCGUCAGAAUCUGUGGCUGAGUCCAGAUCACUCUACAACCCAUCCACCAAGAGUCUUGUAACUAGGUUGAAGCUAGAGGGUGAGCCCUCAAAUUGUUGGGAAUCACUGUUUCAGCUCCAAGCAUGCAGUGGUGAAAUCAUAACAUUUUUUCUCAAUGGUGAGACUUACUUAGGCCAUGGUUGUUGCCAAGCAAUUAGAGUAAUUGGGCAUGAUUGCUGGCCCAACAUUGUUAACACUUUAGGAUUCACAACUGAAGAGACAGAUGUAUUGGAAGGGUAUUGUGAUGAGGCUGUUCAUUCACCUCCACCACCAGAACCACUCUCUGAAGUUAAGCCAGAAGCAAUAGUUCCAUAA